CGUAUCCCUCUGUCAGUCGGCUCUCUUUGUCUUCCCAAUUUAUGUUUCUAAUUUUCUCACACAAUCCUUUUCCAUAAAAUCUUACUAAAUCUCUCUUUCUCUCUCUAAAACUCACAUUACACAGCACUCUGCUGCAAAAUUGCUUGAAGCUCUGUCUCUCUGCGGACAUUGCAAAUAUUCUCGAGAAAUUUCAAAACUUUCCCUAGAAAAUCCAAAGCGUGUUUUCAUAUUUUGCUCACUGUCCAAAUGGGUAUCUAAAGCUUGAAUCUUCUGCUUCAGUGGCGGAGAAAAGUUACAAUGGAAGGUGGAAAAGGCGUGGGGGAGAAGAAAGGAACAAACGAUGUGGUUUUGCAGAUUUCGGGCGGAGAAGAACACACGAGAUACAGUAACGAAAUCAGAGACUCGAAUCUCCAGCUGACAGAGCUUCAGAGCCUCAGGGUCUCCGGCUCUGCUUCUCCAGAAAUCCCAAAGCCGAGUCCCUCGCCGCCGAAAAUCCCAGCCGAAACCACUUCCCGGCGAGCUUCGUUUUCCCGGUCCGCGUUCUCGAAGCCCAAGUCCAGGUUCGUGGAGCCGGUUUCUCCUGCUGAAAAGAAGGCGACCGACGAAAUUCCCCAGUUGAAGUCAACUGCUAAUUCCCCCAAUGUGUCAUCCAGCGGGGAGGACGACGAUGAGGAGGUUUACAAGAUUGCAAGGCUUAAGGUGCGUGAGAAGUGUGGUAAGAAGAUGAAAAAGUUGGCACUAAUUGAGUUGAUUGCAUUUGUUUGUAUUGUUGGGUUUUUGAUUGCUUGCUUAACUGUUCCUAAGUUGGAAAAGAAGAUGUAUUGGGGGUUGGAAUUGUGGAAAUGGUCUGUCUUGGUGUUGGUUGUUUUGUGUGGUGGAUUGGUCACAGAAUGGUUUAUCAAUGUUCUGGUUUUCGUGAUUGAGUUGAACUUUUUGCUUAAGAAGAAUGUUCUGUAUUUCGUUAACGGGUUGAAGAGAAGCGUACAGAUUUUUAUUUGGUUGGGUUUGGUUCUUCUGGCAUGGGGUUUGUUGUUCCACCGCGGAGUGAAGAGGUCAAGGAAAACCUCUAGGAUUCUAGGCUACGUUACAAGGGGUCUGGCUUCGUGUCUAAUUGGAGCGGGCAUAUGGCUGGUGAAGAAUUUGUUUGUCAAAGUGGUAGCUUCUUUGUUUCAAUGCAAUAGAUUCUUUGAUCGGAUUCAAGAAUCAAUUUUUCAUCAGUAUGUUGUCCGCACUCUUUCCUGGAUUUCUCUGAUGGAAAGGUGUAAACAAGUCAGGAAGAUCCCAAGUAGGGGCCAGUUGAGUUUCAAAAAUUUGAAGGGAGGGAAAAAGGAGGGGAAGGGCGGGCUCAAAGAAGAGGUGAUUGAUGUAGAAAAGCUAAAAAAGAUGAACCAAAAGAAAAUUUCUGCUCGGACCUUGAAAGGGUUGAUUAACGUGGUAAGGAGUUCCGGGCUAUUUACCAUCUCCGACACACUUGAGAGCGAGGAGAGUGAGCAGAAAGGUAAGGAGAUUACCAGCGAGCAGGAAGCAAAGGAUGUGGCUAAACAUAUUUUCCAGAAUGUCGCCAACCAUGGCGAGCACAUUGAGAAAGAGAUCCUCUUGAACCACAUGAAAAAGGAGGAGGUCGACAAUGUAUUACAUCUGUUUGAAGGGGCACCAGAAACUGGCAAGAUCAAGAAAAAAGCUUUUAAGAAGUGGCUGGUGAAAGUCUACCUUGAACGCAAAUCGCUCUCACGUUCGUUACAUGACAGUAAAACAGCGAUAGAGGAGCUGAACAGGCUUGCCUCAGGGGUUUUUCUUCUUGUGAUCAUCAUCGUGUGGCUACUUAUGAUGGGAUUUUUGACAACCAACAUACUGGUCUUUAUAUCAUCUCAGCUUUUACUGAUGGCCUUUGUAUUUGGUAAUACUGCUAAAACUGUGUUUGAAGCAAUCAUUUUCGUCUUUGUGAGGCACCCUUUUGAUGUAGGGGACCGUUGUGUCGUUGAUGGAGUACAGCUCGUAGUCGAAGAGAUGAACAUAAUGACAACGAUCUUCCUAAGAUAUGACAACGAGAUAAUUUCCUAUCCAAAUUCGGUACUGGCUUCUAAACCCAUCAGCAACUUCUCCAGGAGUCCGGAUAUGGGUGAUUCUGUUGAAUUUGCUGUUCACGUUUCUACAACGGCUGAUACUAUUGUGGCUCUAAAAGCCAGAAUAAAAGAGUACUUGGACAGCAAGAGUCAGCACUGGCGUCCUGCCCAUAGCGUGGUGGUUAAGGAUAUUGAGGACGUCAACAAAAUGAAAAUGGCUCUUUAUGUUACGCAUACCAUGAACUUUCAUAACUACCCAGAAAAGAGCAGUAGGAGAUCGGAUUUGGUCUUAGAGCUGAAGAAAAUAUUUGAAGAUCUCGGUAUAAAAUAUAAACUCCUGCCUCAAGAAGUUCAUCUCCGCUAUGUCGGAUCAUCCACUGCAGAACUUCCACCAAUGUAGCAGUGAUUUUUCGUUGUGUAUGCUGCAAGUAUGUACCCUUAUGUUGGAUUUGGCAUUAAAUCAAUAUGCCUAAACUAAAACAAAAUUAGGAUAUCUUGGACGCAAGAUAUUUGGAUUUGUGUUUCCUAGUUGGUUUGGGAUUUGGUUUUAGUAUAGGACUAGCUAUUAGUACACACGCGUUGCUACAGGUUUUUAAACUGUAUAAAACAUGUAGAAAGUUAUGAUGCAUAUACAUGAUAGACAUUAUUUACA